GAUUGGCUGAUCCAACUUCCCCACUUCCAGUUCCACUUGGAUCCCGAAUCUUGCCAAAAUUAAUAUGAGACGCUAGAUUUUCCAACACCAGCAGUUAUGAAAUCAGCCAUGCACUUCAAGGUCAAGAUGUUUGGAUCUAUGUCAGCUCUAUCUCUGCAGGUCUGUGUGACACUGAUGUUGCUCUGUCAACUGCAAGGUAAGGUAAUUGCACCAUCACAUCUGCAGGUGAGGGUUGGGCUUCCCUUCACACUGGCCUGUAAUAUAACCAUGGAGACAGGGGAGGUUCUAAAACAGGUGCUGUGGUUUGACAUGACAAAUAAAACAAUACUGUACUAUCAGCCUGAUAAACAUGACCACAUUACUAAAGUGGAUGGUGUUGAGCUCACAUCACGUGCUGCAGGUCAACAUGCUCACACCAGCAUCAUCACCAUCAACAGAGCUGAGCCAGCCAGAGAGGGUUGCUACCAGUGUUUUUUUGAUGUGUAUCCAUCUGGGCAGCAGAAAGGAAGGACGUGUAUCUCACUAAAGGCAAUUGUGGAGCUGAUGGGCAAUACAACUGUUGUGAGUGGAAAGCCUGUUUCCCUUUCAUGCAAGUACAUUCUCAAUAAGCGAGUCAUGCAGGUUUUAUGGAAAAAAACAGCUGAACAAGGGGACACCGCCACUGUUGCUUCUUAUGCCAAAAAUGCCAGACCCAUCAUUGAAAAACCUUUCCAGGGUCGGGUAACUCUAAAUCCAUCCCUUGGCCAAACCCAGCUCUCCAUAGACCCGGCUCAGACAGAGGAUGAAGGCUGUUACACCUGCGAGUUCCACAUAUAUCCAGAAGGCACUAAGAGCGCAACGGCUUGUCUCUCCGUAUAUGUUUUACCCAAACCUGAGGCCAGUUACAUCACCAUAUCACAGGACAUUGUUGAGGCCAACUGCACAGCUGUGUCACGUCCUGCAGCAGAGAUCUCUUGGAAUGUUGAGGGUCAUAACCAAACACUGGGGCCUGCUGUGACAACAUUAUACCAGCUAGGGGACGGCACCACAAUGGUGGUCAGUUCCAUUCAAAUUCAGGCUGAACUACUGGAUGAUGAACUUGUAAAAUGUGAAGUUCAUCAUCAGGGCCUUGGGUCGGCCAUCUCUAUCUUUCUGAACAAAUCUAGGAACCCCCAUGUCAUUCUCAUUUCUGCCAGCUGUGUGGCCCUUGUGCUGCUCAUAUGUCUGUGUAUCUGCUUGAAGAAGUGCUAACUUCACCUGCUGAUAUGGUCAGUACCACCACAGAAAAGUCUUUCCUCCUUAAUUUCAUGUUUCAAAUUAAUUACAUUUAUUUGAAUUUUAAAGUUAAUUGUAAGUGGCAAUUAGUGGCACUGUAGGCAGUGGUGGCUCAGUGGUUGAGGCUCAGGGUUACUGACCAGAAGGUUGGGGGUUCAAGCCCCAGCACCACCAAGAUGCCACUGUUGGGCCCUUGAGCAAGGCACUUAACUCCAGGUUGCUCCGGGGGGAUUGUCCCUGUAAUAAGUGCACUGUAAGUCGCUUUGGAUAAAAGCGUCUGCCAAAUGCAUAAAUGUAAAAUGUAAAUGUAAAGUGGCAUACUAUAACCAGUGUUGGCUGUAAUCUAAUUAGUCAAAAAUGAUUGCAAUAAAUUACAUUUUAAAUGAUUGUAAUCAGUUUAUUACUUUGAAGUACAUCACUUGGAUCACACAUUUCUAAAAUAAUGUUAGUUAAAUAAUUUAAAACAUGUUCAUACGUUCAUCUG